AUGGCCUUCUUAGAGAGAGAGCCAAAAGCCGUGAAAAUUCGCUCAACAGAGGCUAUAACCCUUGUUCUCUUUGACAACAACUAUUCACAAUCCAAUGACGGUUCUCUGAUUUCCCCAGUCGAAAAACUCGGCACUCGGUAUUUGGUAGUGUCUUCUGAUCCUCGUGAUGAAAAGCAUCCUAUUUACAACAGUGGAUUCGCUAUUGCUGCGUUGGAGGACGACACAUUAGUUAAGGUAGACCUAAUGGUUUAUUAUGCAGAGACAAACUUAAGCAUUUCAGAACCCUAUGCAUUCCGCCUGAAUAAUUUAGAGACCAUACAACUGGAGUUCGGGUUGGAUUUAUCGGGAAGUUUAGUCGAGUCUUCUAAACCUGUGGCGGUGUUUUCUGGAAAUAGAUGCAACAUGUUUCCAGAAUCGAUAAGAUGUAGUCAUUUGAUGGAACAAAUGUCCCCAACUACAGAAUGGGGCAGUAUGUACAUUGUACCAGCUGAUUUCAAUAGCGAUGGAUCACGUUUGAUCAUAAUGACUGACGAGUCCUCGAGCACGACAGCGAGCAUUUUAGUAGGUAAUGACCGGCACGACAUUAUUCUACUUCCUAGAAUACCUUUUGAAUUUACAUUGAGGACGAACGAAACAGCAGUCAUCUACAUCCCUCAAGCCCGUGCCUCAGUAACCAGCUUUGUAAAAGGGAAUAAGAAUAAUAGUAACUCUGGUUCUCCAUACAUGGUUAAGAUUCCAAAAGUUCCUCAGACCAAAAGUCAAUACACCAUCCCUAUUCCUGAAGGCUACCUUACUAAUUACGUAACAAUUAUGAUCGACAAAAGUUCCAAAUCUGAUCUUCGACUGAAUGGACAAGCUAUAAAACAAACAACGAUUCUCUUUGAAGACGACAAUAUUCUGAAUGAUGGGCGGAUAGGAUCGAUUCUAACCGUAGACGUUUUGCCUGGUGUUUUGAAUCUAGCUUCAACAUCGGGCUCUCCGUUUGGUGUACUUGUCUUUGGCUACCGGUAUCUAGAUUCCUAUGGAUUUGCAGGGAAUUUCGUAUAA